GACCGGCUCCGCCCCGUCCCCUCCCGACCCACGGCCAUGGCGGAACCGAAGCGGUGUCUGCUGCGGGACGGGAAGGACCAGUACGGCCUGGCCGCCUCCUCCUUGCGGGAGCUGCGCCGCAAGGCUGGUGACGUUCUGGCUAUUGACAAGGCCAAGGAGCGCAUCACCUUAGUCCUUGCAGAAGAUGGCACCAUUGUGGAUGAUGAAGAUUACUUUUUGUGUCUGCCAUCUAACACCAAGUUUGAGGCACUGAUUAAUCGGGAGAAUUGGUCUGGCACAAGCAGAGACAGUGGAAUAGCCUCCUUUCCCUUGGAUGAAGUGGACAGUGCUGCAGAGAAGUGGAAGCAACUGGCCACACAGUUGAAGAAUGACCUGUCCAGUAUCAUCCUGAUGUCUGAAGAAGACCUCCAGGUGCUUAUUGAUGUACCAUGUUCAGAGCUGGCAGAAGAACUUGCCCAAAGUCAAAGCAAAGUGCAGGGACUGCAGGAUGCCCUGCAGCAUGUGCUGGACAGACGAGAGGAAGAACGGCAAUCGAGACAGGUCCUGAAGCUCUACCUGGAGACCUUGGAAAAUGAAAACAGCAAAAAAGCAGCAGAAUCCAAGACUGUAUCAAGAAAAGAGAUGGACGUGGUUGACACAGGCACCAGCAGUACAGAAGCAUUACUCAGAAGGAUGCUCAGUGAUGACAUCUGUGCUGUUCUGAAAAAGAAACCUUCUCCAGAGCUCUUCUUGAACAGUAAAGAUCUAGAGCUGGUCAUGAAAGAAGACACACAGAUCCUGGCCUCAGUUCUAGGAUGGGACAAGCAGAAGGCUGAAGCUCUGCAGCAGGCCUGUAAUCAGGAGCUCUCCAAGCGUUUAGAACAAAUGCAGGCUUUACAUUCCCUCAGGAACAUAUCAAAGGGCAAGAAAAUGGUACCCAGGGGAGACUGCCCUAGUUCAAAACGCAAGAAAGAAGACUCCUAGUGCUGCCUGCAGGUUUUUUUUUUGGUUGGGUUUUUGCAUUAGAAUCAAUAGAAGCAAAGAUACAUCCAGGGAACCAUAGUUUUGCUGGUCAUGCUGUGGUUUGGCUAUAGAGGACUAAACUCUGGACAAUGAGGCUUAAACUCCUGUGGUGAUUCAAAUUAUGUGUAACCAAAGGGAUUUUGACUUUUUGCAGUCUAUUAGAACAAUAGUAUUGCUAAACACAGCAUGUAAGAGUUCAGCUUUGAAUACCUGGUUGGGAGCCAGAACUUUCCAUGUGAUAAUGAUGGAUCUCACUGCUGAAGCCCCAGGCAGUUUGCUUGCUUUGUCUUCCCAUCCUUUCCACUGUAAAGACCUCUGGAAGACACUUGGAGGCACAGUUAAUGCACAGGGCUGAGGGGUUAGCCAGCUGCUGUCUGGCUUUAAGCUCCAGCCUGGGAUCUAGGAACUUGAUGCAUGCUAGUUGCAUGCUAGUUGCAUUGGUUAAAUUAAAUUCAAAGUCCUUUAACUUCAGUACCUUUUCUGUAAGGAACCUUUCCUCUUGGACCAACUUGUAAAACACAGCAAAGGUGGAAAUCCUUGCUUUGUAAGGCUGUGGAGCAGACAACUUGUAUUUGGUCUGUCUGUAUUGCUUUCCUAAUCAUUACUCUAGUAUCAUGAUGCUUUUUUAUCAACUGGAUUAUUUUUAAAUUUGUUAAAGUCUUUUUUAUGUCUAAUAUCAUUAAAACCUUUUUUCCUCACUGUUGGACUAGUUCUG